GGAAAUGCAGGAGGGAGGACAGGGAGGGAGAGGAAAGAGGUUGCUUCAUUGUGGUAGUCUCAAAGGGGAUAUUGUGGGGGUAUAAAUAAGCAGCUGAUAUCCCUGAAGCCAAGAGUCAGAGAUAGCUCCAUUCAACAGCCACCACAGCCAGAGCUCCAGCCUCCUGACGUGCUGCCAAGAUGCCAGAUGCCAGGCUGCUGGCCUGCUUCCUCUGCCUUCUCACUUUCACCUCUGCCUGCUACUUCCAGAACUGUCCAAAGGGAGGCAAGCGUUCCCUGUCUGACACAGAGAUGAGACAGUGUCUCUCUUGUGGUCCUGGGAGCAAAGGACGAUGCUUUGGGCCCAGCAUCUGCUGUGGGGAAGAGCUAGGUUGCUACAUGGGCACUGCUGAGAGCCGGAGGUGCCAGGAAGAGAGCUACCUGCCCUCCCCGUGCCAGUCUGGCCAGAAACCCUGUGGGAGUGGAGGGCGCUGUGCUGCUGCUGGGAUCUGCUGUAAUGAUGAGAGCUGUAUGGUGGAGCCAGCCUGCUGGGAGGACACUGGCAGCCAGAGGAGGGCAAAGGCCAGUGAGAAGAGCAGUUGGACCCAGCUGGAUGGGCCAGCCAGUGCCUUCCUGCUACACCGAGGGCAGAUGGCAGCCCAGCACAGGGGAGACGUACAGCUUCCUAAAGAAGAAGCUCUCUAUUGAGGAUUCCUCUGGUGAGGAGCCACUCCUCUCUCCAGCGUGUCACCUCUGACCCUCCCCAGUCCCACCCUUCAGUAUUUCUAGAAAAUAAAGGUCCUUAGUUGUUCUGGA